AUGGUGGUUGACAUCAUUCACCCCGGACUCGCUAAUGUAUCGAAAGAUGAGAUUCGUGAAAAGCUUUCCAAAAUGUACAAGGCUGACAAAGAAGUUAUAUUUGUCUUUGGUUUUCGUACAUGUUUUGGUGGUGGCAGAUCCACUGGUUUUGCUUUGAUCUAUGAUAGUCUGGAAGUAGCCAAAAAAUUCGAACCCAAAUAUAGGCUUGUUCGGCAUAAACUUGCUGAAGCUAAAAAGACUGCCAGAAAACAAACUAAAGAACGAAAAAAUCGUGCUAAAAAAGUUCGUGGAACCAAGAAGCAUAAAGCGGCAGCUGGAAAGAAAGAAAAGUAA